AUGGAGAUUUUCCAGCCAGACCUCAUUGAUCAGCGUGACAAACAGGAGAAAACACCUCUCUUCCUGGCUGUGGAGAAUGACCAUAUGGCCUGUGUGGAAUAUCUCCUGGAUAAAGGAGCUGACACCGGCAUAGGCAAUAAAGACAGAGAAACUGCUCUACACAAAGCUUGUGAGCAGGAGAACGCAGACGUGGUGGAGCUGUUGCUGACCCACGGCGCCGGGGUGAACAGGGCCUGCUGCCGAGGCUGGACGCCUGUCCACGAGGCGGUGGGCCGCAACAACGUGGAGAUCUGCGGAAUGCUUCUGAAGGCCGGGGCCAACCUCAGCCAGAGAAACAGCUACGGCAUCACGCCGUUCUUUCUGGCAGCACAGACCGGCGGUCAAGAGGUCUUGACUUUCCUCAUGAACGAUGGUGCUGAUGUGAACUUCCAAAUGGUUGACGGAGCCACUGCUCUGUUUGAGGCCUCUAAAAAUGGGCAUGGCGGUGUCGUGAAGCUGCUUCUCGCUCACAAAGCCGACGCCAACAAGCCCACCAAAACACUGCUUCUGCCCCUACAUGCUGCAGCCCAGCAUGGACAUCUGGAGGUGGUGAACAUGCUGCUUCCUGUUACCAGUGAGGAAAGAAUCAGAGAGAGUGGCAUCAGUCCUCUUCACCUGGCAGCCCAGUACAACGAGGAUGAGAUCCUGGAAGUCCUCCUUCAGGCUGGAUACGAUGCCAAUGCCCCGCUCUCUCCGGACCACUCAUGCAUGUACCAGGACCGCCGGACCACGGCUCUGUACUUUGCCGUCGCUAACGCCAACUUGGAUGCGGCUGAGAUGCUGCUGGAAGCCGGUGCCAAUCCAAACCAAGACACAUUCAACCCACUUCUGGUGGCCGUGAGGCAGGGGAACAUCCAGAUGGUGCGAUUGCUGGCGGAGCACGGGGCCGACGUCAACGCCCGGAUGCCGAACUGUCAGCUAGCGUUCCCUGCCGCGGUGCUGCUGUGCGUGAGAUAUCCAGCCAUGCUGAAGCUCCUGCUGGAUCACGGCUGCGACGCCCGGGCCUGCUUUCAGUGCCAGUGUGCCUCUAAUUCACACCCACCUGCCAAAGGGCUUUGCAAGGACGACCUUGGGCUCCAGAAGGAAGAGCCCUGCAUGCAGUUCUGUGAGAUGAUCUCUGCUCCCUCGGUCUGCGGCUGGACAGGUCCCAUCAUUGACCUCCUCUUGGACUAUGUGGGACAUGUGAAGCUCUGCUCCAGACUCAGGCAGCUGUUAGACAGCCACCAGGACUGGGUUGGAGUAAAGGACAGGACUAGGAACCCUCCAUCCCUCCGGCAGCUGUGCCGGCAGCAGAUCCGCCAGGAGGCCGGUCUUCAGAGGCUGCCGCUCCUCCGCACGCUGCCUCUUCCCAGAAGACUAAUCAGAUACCUCCACUAUGAUGAAUGAGCCGGCCUCCCUCAUCCCACCCGUCAGAGCGGAUCAUUAUUAAACACCUGACAUGAUGGGCGCAGUCCCACUCGGAGAGACGAACGAUAGCGGAGACGUAGACUUAAACCUUUAACGAAGAGCCUGAGCCUGUGUGCCUAUGAGUUUGUACUAGUACACAAAUGUCAAUAGUAUAGGUGUAUGUGCAUAAUGUUGAUAAAUCUGACCGUUGCAUCA